AUUUACAGCUAAGCUCAAAAGAAUUCGAUCUUGUGUCGAUCAUAAUAAGAACUAAAAGAACUUAAGUAUAUCCAUAUAGGCACUUUGUACAUUUAACGGUUACUGUUGUUUGGAAGAUCAUUGUCUUGGCGUUGAAAUUAUGAGGCAGUAUUUUCUUCUGCGGUCAUUGUAUUGCUUUUUAACGUACCCACCUAUUAACUACCUACCUGCCGAUGAUUCAUGAUAUUCAAACGAUAACUUGUAAGUAAGUACUUAAUGUUUAUAGGUUGAAUAUUAAAUAUUUUGCCGUUUUAACUAUAACUGUAGGCUGAAAUAAUUGUGCUUCCUUAGCAUAGUACCUACUCAACUCGUCAAGCAUCUGUCAAGCUUGUUUUGAAAUCAAAUUGACAGUAAAAUUAAAAUCUAAACAAACACAUAAAAACAAGAAAUGUUUUAAACCCACAAAAAAUAUUUUAACAUAAAAAUGGCUAGCAAAUGUUCUGUUUCGCCAUCCCGUAAAGGGCGCAACGAGAGUCCUACUAAACAUCCUAUCUUCCUACCUGACGUAGCCCUAGCAGCCAUCUUCGCUUCCAAUAACCAAGAACAGGUCAACGAAUUCAUCACCUUCUUUCUUCAGGCCUUAGCCAGAAACAGCGUUUGGGUCAACAAGAUUCUAGAGAAGUCCAACUACUUCAAGUGUGCUCUAAUGCAAGGCGCUGGCCCCAACAGGUUCAAACUGAUAGAAACUAUCUACCCUAACCUAGAAGGAGACAUCAAACUCGAAGUGCAAGUUAAAGAACACGAGGACCACGACAAAAUCGCUAUAGCAGCACUCACGAGAAUGGCUACUCCUCAUCUUAAAAACGCAAUUGAAUUUGUCAGGAACCGUCUCGGCGAAAACAAGACGCUCCAGGAAGACUUGCUGAGGGGAAGGUCCAUGGGAGUACACUUCGCCGUCUUGAAACCAAUAGAUGAUAAACACUACCGUAUAGUAGAGAGGUUGGUGAUCGACAACUGCCCGACAUCCAAUAAAAAACGUGACAAAUCCAUGUUACAAUUCGCACCGAAGAGAGCAAGAAAAGUUUAAUCAGUCCGUUAAUGUGCAAAGCGUGUUUCUGUGAACAGUAAAAAUAUUUCGGUAACGUAAUGGAGUAAUGGGUAGUUAAGGCCUCCCACAGUGUCGCAUAGCAUGUAAUGACUGCAAUUUGGCAUCAUUGCGACAUCUGACGCUCUCUAUAAAUUAUGCUCAUUUUUGCAACGAUCACUCUCAAUUGCUGAUGAUGAAUACAGAGGUCAAUUUGCGGCAGACACGCUUAACGUGGGCAUUUGUAUAAAUUCGUUAUUUCGAUUAAACAUCCUGUAGGUACCUUU